AUGACGAGGCUUGGGGCUAGGGUCGAGGUAGCCAAAGCCUCGUUAACCGCCGCAUCCACUCUCUCGGAUUCACCGAGAGGUACCAUGUACAUGUACAUUAACCCCCAAUUUCGUAUACCACCGCAUAAGCCAGCGGAGCUUGAGGAGAACUCCGUGCCCAGGACUUACCGCCGCAUCUAG